GAAUUCGGAAGCUGCCUUCGGACGAGCUCAGACAGACUUGGAAACAUGAACCCCGUCGCUGGUCUUCCUUUUCGAGCGAGCGCCGCCACCCCUCCCUUCCCAUCCCGCUGCCGAGCAGCGCCCCAGCUCCCUCGCUCCGUCUCUCGUCUUCCUCCUCGUGCGAGCGCCUCCACCGCAGGCAAAAAUCAAGGUAGUGCGGUCGCCCUACCUUGCCCUACCUGGUCCUCCGCCCUUGGUUUGUACGAGCGGGAGAGGUUAGGCCUCUCACGAUAUGCAGACGAGGAGUCCAAAGAAGACAUUUUCUGGGAAACCUUGGAUGCUGAUUUGCAGUACUGGACCAGAUCCCUGCGCCCAGUGCAGGUAUAUAUAUAAGUGGUAUCCUGGUCAUAUUGCAAAAACAGAGAAGGAACUGAAAGGACAGUUGAAGCUUAUGGAUGUUGUCAUUGAGGUCCGUGAUGCUAGGAUUCCUUUAGCCACCACCCACCCUAAGAUGGAUUCCUGGUUAGGCAACCGGAGAAGGAUCAUAGUAAUGAACCGUGAGGACAUGGUGUCGGCUGAGGACAGAAAUGCGUGGGCUACUUACUUUUCUAGUCAGGGUAUCAAGGUUAUGUACUCAAAUGGGCAGUUGGGCAUGGGUACAAUGAAAUUAGGCAGAAUGGCAAAAUCAGUAGCAUCUACUGUGAACACAAAGCGAAGAGAAAAGGGGUUGCUUCCUCGUCCGGUUCGAGCUGGAAUAGUUGGAUAUCCAAAUGUUGGCAAAUCUUCCUUGAUUAAUCGCUUGCUAAAACGAAGAAUGUGUCCAGCUGCACCUAGACCAGGUGUCACAAGAGAGCUGAAGUGGGUUCGUUUUGGGAAGGAUCUAGAGCUGUUAGACUCGCCUGGAAUUUUGCCAAUGAGAAUUAGCGAUCAGACAGCUGCGCUUAAGCUUGCUAUAUGUGAUGAUAUCGGGGAAAGGUCAUAUGAUUUUGAUGAUGUGGCAGCGAUUCUUGUACAGCUAUUGUUAAGACAUCCAGCAGUGGGUUCAGAAGCAUUCCGAAAGCGGUACAAGAUCAAUGUAGACAGUGACUGUGGUAAAAUGUUUGUCACGAAGCUCUCCCUUCACUUGUUCAAUGGUGAUACCAGCCAAGCAGCUUUCCGCAUCUUGUCUGACUUCCGGAAAGGCAGAUUUGGUUGGGUGGCCCUAGAGAGACCUCCAACAUGAACAAUGGAUGCGGAGUACGAACACAUUGAUCGGGUGGCCCUAGAGAGACCUCCAACAUGAACAAUGGAUGCGGAGUACGGACACAUUGAUCGCAAUGUCUUUUGUUGCGCCACUGUAGAUUAAUUUCUCUGGACCUUGACCUGUGUGACAGAUGAAGAGUGAAUUGACAGUAGGGUGGCUAAUAUCCCCAGAGGACAAGCGGACAAAACAUCAGAAAUAACCCUUUUGGCUGUCUAGAGGUCUGAGCUGAUAUGUAUAAGCAUGUGACAUAUUGGUUAACUUGUCUACAUAUUUGUAAGCUGUUGCAGAAUAAUUGUGUGGAAUAAAACUUUAUUUCAAUCUUGCACAAUUA